AUGGGAUUACUGGAGUAUAAUUCAAUUUGUUACAUGGACGAUGAGGAGUUAUUCUCGUGCAUAGCGCCGCUGCUUGGUCUUUUUCUGGCGGCACACAGUGACACAAAAGGCUUGGGCUCUGGAGUUGGCAGUCCUCAGUCAGAGCUGGGGCUUGGAGAGGGGCAAGAGCGAGGAGAGGGUCGCCCCGCGCUCCCCAACGCUGUAAACCGGACCCACGCAGAGGCCCAAGGAGGCUGGGGAGGGGGCAAGCACGGAGGCACGCACAUUCAAAACAAACAGGUCAUACCAGCCUACGCGCGGACCGACCCAGCGCCGCCUCCGCCUGGACCGACCCAGCGCCGCCUCCGCACGGACCGACCCAGCGCCGCCUCCGCACGGACCGACCCAGCGCCGCCUCCGCACGGACCGACCCAGCGCCGCCUCCGCACGGACCGACCCAGCGCCGCCUCCGCACGGACCGACCCAGCGCCGCCUACGCGCGGACCGACCCAGCGCCGCCUACCCACGGACCGACCCAGCGCCGCCUCCGCACGGACCGACCCAGCGCCACCUCCGCGUCCCUCGUAA